GAUGGAUGACUGGAUAGAUAGAUAACUGGAUGGGUGGUUGGUUGGUUGGAUGGAUGGAUCAAUAUAUAGAGAGAAAGAUGACUGGAUGGAUGGAUAGAUGAUUGAUUGAUUGAUAACUGGAUGGAUAGAUGAAUGGAUGGAUGGAUGACGGGAUGGAUGGAUAGAUGAAUGGAUGGAUGGAUAGCUAGAUAGACAGACAGACAGACAGAUGACAAUGGGUGGAUAGAUGAUGGAUGGAUGGAUAAAUGGAUAGAGGAAUGAAUGGAUGGAUAGAUAGAUUUAUUUUUUUUUCGUGUCAGGAGCAACCGGAGUUGCUUCUGGAGUGAGAGAAUUGGCCGUCUGCAAGGACGUUGCCCAGGGGACGCCCGGAUGUUUUGAUGGGAGGCUUCUCUCAUGUCCCCGCAUGGAGCUGGAGCUGAUAGAGGGAGCUCAUCCGCGCUCUCCCCGGGUGGGAUUCGAACCUGGCAGCCUUCAGGUCAGCAACCCACCCUUCAAGUCACGAGGCUUUUAUCCCCUAGGCCAUUGGAGGCUCCAGAUAGAUAGAUGUAUUGAUAGAUGAAUGGAUGGAUGGGUGGAUAGAUGAAUGAAUGAAUAGAUGAAUGGAUAGAUAGAUGACUGGAUGGAUGGAUGAAUGGAUGGAUGGAUAGAUAACUACUGGACGAAUGGGUGGAUAGAUGAUAGAUAAAUAGAUGGAUGGAUAGAUGACUGGAUGGAUGGAUGGACAGAUAGAUGACUUGAUGGGUAGAUAGAUGGAUGGAUGGAGGGAUAGAUAGAAAGAUGGAUGGAUAAAUGGAUAGAUAGAUGAAUGGAUGGAUAGAUAGAUUAUUGAUAGAUUAAUGGAUGGAUGGGUGGAUGAAUGAAUAGAUGAAUGGAUAGAUGGAUGGACAGAUGGAUAGAUAGAUGGAUGAAUGGAUGGAUAAAUGGAUCGAUGAAUUGAUGAAUGGAUAGAUGUAUGGAUGGAUAGAUGAAUGGCUAGACCAGUGGUUCUCAAUUGCCUGAUGUUUUGGCCUUCAACUCCCAGAAAUCUUAACAGCUGGUAAACUGGCUGGGAUUUCUGGGAGUUGUAGGCCAAAACACCUGAGGACCCACAGGUUGAGAACCACUGGGAUAGAGGGACGGAUGAACAGAUGGAUAGAUAGAUAGAUAGAUAGAUAGAUUGAUAGACGAAUAGGUGGAUAGAUGGAUGGUUGUAUGGAUGGAUAGAUGUAUGGAUAGAUAGGGGAAUUGAUGAUGAUAAUAAUAAUAAUAAUAAUAAACUUUAUUUAUACCCUGCCACCAUCUCCCCAACGGGGACUCGGGGCGGCUUAUAUGGGGCCAUGCCCAGAACAAUACAAUAUAACAGAAUAUAAAAAGCACAACAAAUCAUAACACAUUGAACAAUACAAUAAAUGAUAAUAUACACUACAUUACGCAAAAUCAGAAGAACAAUAAAACAAUUAUUAAUAUUAUUAUUAUUAUUGUAUGGAUGGAUAGAUGUAUAGAUAGAUAGAUAGAUGAAUUGAUGGAUAGAUAGACUGACAGAUGGAUAGAUGAAUGGAUAGAUAGAUAGAUAGAUAGAUAGAUAGAUAGAUAGAUAGAUAGAUAGAUAGAUAGAUAGAUAGAUAGAUAGAUGGCUAUAUGGAUGGAUGCCCAAAACAAAGCCCUGUAGAAACAACACUCACAAUGCUGGGAAAACAGCUCAGAAGGGGAAGUCUAGACAGAGGCGCCUGCCGUGUCGGUCCUCCGCCCAGCAGGUGGCGCUGCAGGAAGGCGCUGGAGCCAAGGCUCGGGAGCCCAGGGCGGCGCAGCGCAGUGCGGACGCGGCCAUGAAGCGCGACCGUCGCGGGCGGUUCCUGCCUUCGGCCAAGGCAGCCCCUUCCUCUUCUUGCCCCUCGCCUUUGACCAGCCCUCGAUCCCGAAGGAGGAAGGCCCAGGAGGAGGAGGAGGAAGAAGAGAAGGAGAAGGAGGAAGAGAAGAAGAAGCAGGCCCAGGAAGGCGCCCCGGGCGCCACUCGGAGCUUGAGCACAGGCCACUGCCGCCUUUGCCACGGGAAGUUCUCCGCGCGGAGCCUGCGCAACGCCUUUGGGAAGCCCCCCGCGAUGGACGGCAGCCCCCAGAAGCAGCAGCAGCAGCCCCGGCGCCUGGAUCGCGUCUUCUUUGCUGACUUCCAGCACCUGCUGGGGGUGGCCGCCCGCCCGGACCCGUCCCUGCCCCAGUCGGUCUGCAAGAAGUGCCACGCUCAGUUUUACAAGUGCCGCAGCGUCCUCAAGGCCUUCAUCCAGAAGGUCAACCUCUCUCCCGUGGGGGCCCUCAAGCCCCGGCCAAGGAGCAAUGCUGCCCCGUCUCCUCUUCUCGUAACUGAAGGAAAUGCCUCCUCUCUGGGAGGCCGGAUCACCUCCAGCCCGCAGUGCCUCCACAACCUGGUGCUGUGGGCCCACAAUCACGCAGGGAGCUGCCAGGUCACGCCGAGCCUGCGGAGCGUGCUGUCCUCUGGAUAUUGUGGGGUCGUCGUUCAGGCCGUCUGGGGUUGCAGCGAAGGCCACGACUACGUCCUGAGCCCUGACGUGGAAGAGGAGGAGGAGGAGGAGGAGGAGGGCAGCGGCCCCAAACAGGACCACAGCAAGGGCAGCUCUGAGCGCGUGGCCGGCAAUGGGGUGGACGCCGAGGGUGCCAGAGCGCCCUGCAUCCCUUCCCAUUGUGGCCCAGACAGGACCGCUGCUGCAAACAGUGAGGCUGCUUCACCCGAACCGGGCACAGAAAACCAGCUCCCUGAGAGUCCGGACGCGGCUCCAUCGCAAGAGGUGUCCAGGAGCCCUUUGCAGGAGGGGAACCUGCCUCGGCCAGGCUGUCCGGUCAACGGGGGUCCCGGGCCUCUGAGCGAAAAUCCGGUUCCGCCUGCAGCCCUGGAUGAGCGGGUAAAAGACGAGUUCAGUGACCUUUCAGAGGGAGACUCUUCCUCAAGCGACGAAGAGGAGGAUGGCCAGAGAGAAUGUGCCUCCGAUGACUUCUUUCAGCCUUUCGAGGGCAAGAGGAUGCCCAACAACAGGAAACCCAAAACCAAAGGCACCAAGCUGGAAGGGCCCAAGAUUCGUAAGAAGCCUGGGCCCAAGCCGGGCUGGAAGAAGAAUAUCAAGUGCGAAAGGGAAGAGCUGCCCACCAUUUACAAGUGUCCUUACCAGGGCUGCACCGCUGUCUAUCGAGGGGCGGACGGCAUGAAGAAGCACAUCAAGGAGCACCACGAGGAGGUCCGGGCGAGGCCCUGUCCGCACCCGGGAUGCAACAAGGUCUUCAUGAUCGACCGGUAUCUGCAGCGCCACGUGAAGCUCAUUCACACAGAGGUACGGAACUACAUCUGCGACGAAUGCGGACAGACCUUCAAGCAGCGGAAACACCUCUCUGUGCACCAGAUGCGCCACUCCGGAGCAAAGCCUCUCCAGUGCGAGAUCUGCGGCUUCCAGUGCCGCCAGCGGGCCUCGCUGAAGUACCACAUGACCAAACACAAAGCGGAGGCGGAGCUGGAGUUCGCCUGCGACCUGUGCGGCAAGCGCUUUGAGAAGGCCCAUAACCUGAAUGUCCACAUGUCCAUGGUGCACCCGCUGAUCCAGACGCAGGACAAGGCCAAGGCCAAAGCCAAGGAGACGGACUCUGUUGCGGAAGCGCCAGACACAGAGACGACCGACAGCCGGACGGUCAAGCUGGAACUCAGGGCUUCGCAGCCACAGCAGGAACCCACUUGAGAGCCGCCGCCGAUGUUGAAGUUUUUAUAAUGUAUGUUUUUAACACACACACACACACAAAUAAGGGAUUUUAAGGGGGGAAAGGACUCGACGACGCCUGCUUGCCGCCAUUGCUGUGAUGAUUGUGUUCCUCUCCGCUGCGGUGUUGUCCAGCGCGCCCGUCUUGCUAAAAGAAAAAAGACUCCUUUUUGAUCAGAAAGGUCGGGAAAGCAUCUUGUACCUGUUCAACAGCUACACGGCACCGAGACCUUCCAAAUGAUUCUGUUAAAGAGGAUGGAAUACCCUUGCUUUUAAACUAAUUCCCAAACAAACAAAACACAAAAAAUAUCAUAAACCAGAACCAUUUGCAAACCUAA